GUUGGACAAUAUUCAAAAAUAAGCAAUUCGUGGACGUCAAAUUUUUAAAAUGCGAAUGCGAUUGAUACUGAGAUAACAGCGAAAGACAAUUUGUAAAGUGCGCAUUGAUGCGUCGUUAAUCUGAUUCGGAAUCAAACCUGCGAACAAAGCUUUGAAUUUGAUGGAUGUCAUACACAAAUAAGAUUGAGGUUAUUUUAUAAUUGUAGAAAAAAGUUUCAAAUAAAUGUGAUUAAUAUAGAAUUUAUAAUGAGUGUUAUUCGUAUAAAUCGAUCUGUUCUACAACAUUUGCUCGGAUGUAGAUAUUCAUCGACAGUUAUCCGACAUGAAGAAGAGUACACUGCAACGCCAAAUUACCCUCCGAUACUAGAUAUUUCAUACAAAAAGACACGAGAACGAAAAACCGAUGCAUUGUAUGAAGAAAUAAAAGCCGUAAAAACGGUAGAAGAGAAACAAAUAAAAUUAAAUAUGCCGAGAUAUUAUGGAUACAAAAGUUAUCUGUUAUACGAAGACAAAUGCGAUUAUAAUAAUUUAGCAUUAACACAGCACGUAACUCGUACUCAUUUAAUAACAAACGAAACGUUACCUGAGUUUUAUUCAGGAAUUAAUGUCGAUGAAGUAACUAAUAAAUUAAAGGCGAAAAUAGAAGAAGCAGUUAGCAUAGAAAUUGAUGGCUACCAAAGAUUGCAUGAUAUUAAAAAUGAAGAUAUCACAGAAGCACAAAUUGAAGAUAUAAUAAGUAAUUCCUUAUGUAAACAAAUAAAUAGAAUUAUAGUAAACGAGUUAUUUACAGAUUAUUCACAUUUAAAAGAAGCACAGAUUGAUUGGAAUCCUAGGAUAGAGUCAUCUUGGUUUGUUGGUGGAAUGAAUAUUCCGGAUUAUAUAAGAAAAUCUAGGGAAGGCAGUGAAUGGAGAAAACAAUUUCUUGAUAAUCCUUUUGAUAGAUUAAUGUUUUAUAUUGGUUCCCCUAAUCUAGCAUUACGCUCAAAACUACCUUUAAAACCAAUAAUACCGCAUAGUGAUUCAGAAAAUCCAGAUUUGAAGGUACCGGAAUUUAAAUUUGAUCCAAGAGUUGUUGGUAUCACCUCAGAACAAAAGCACAUUGCUAAUAUCCCUGGAUUUUGGCCUGGUGAUCCCCACAAGUUCAGUUUACUAUCUUUUCAUAAAAGAGGUCACAUCCAUCGGAAUGAAAAGUACAAUGACCCUCAAGAUAAUAAAGAAGCUAUACAUAGGCAAGGUAUAUUAGCAUCGUUCGGUUGGUUACAAGCUCAAGCUAAUUAUUUAGGCUUCAAUACUUUUAAUGAUGUAACUUAUCCGUUGGUUACUCAAACAAUUGUUACUAGUGGGAAAAUUUGGUCGUUUUACGCUUAUCAGUUGAAUACGAUACGAUUCUGUGAAAGGUUUUACACAGAAAAUCCUAAACGUAACAUCUGCUGGGCAUUACCAGAAAUGAAAUUAUUCGAAACAGUGGAAAAUGGGAAAGUUGUCGGUUUCAAUGAUGAAGUUGUGAAAAAUAUAUUAAAAUUCUACAUGAACCCCCCAGAAAACAGACUGGGAGUUAAUUUGACACCGUAUUUAAGCAGCGAAGAAAAACUGUCAGCUGAUUAUAAGGACGAUGAAAAGAGACAGUGGUUAGAAGAAGUAUAUAAAUACGUAGCUUCUAAUCGCCCCAGACAUAGAUUAGGUUAUGAGGUUUACGAUUGGGAGAAGAUAUACAAGAUUGAUAAUAAAACUAGAUUUAUGGAUAAGAGAUUGAGGCCUUUCGAACUCUUCCAAAAUCCUUAUAGGAGAAAGUUGAAUGAAAGAUUUAUAAGGUAUAUUCCUAGGAAGUUCAGGGAGCAUUUGAAGAGGUAUCAAGGAAGAUUCGAAAAAGACUUUUGGCCUUAAAUAUAUUUUCUUCUACUGAUAAUAAAUUAUCAUUAAUA